UCUGGAAGAUCUAGGUAAUAUUGGAGAGGAUAUCACAAGGGCAAGGGCAAAGCAGUGUUGACUGAAGGUGCGGCAGGAGGGAGAGGAGAGGAAAAGAUGGUAGGAGGCGCAUCGCACGCACACAUGCGCGCGUGCACUUGGCGAGGGUUGACCGAAGAAGUGGAUCGACACCACCUUCGGACAAGAGGAAGAAUCUAUCGUAUGAGGAGGAGGAGGAGGAGAGGAGCAACGGGGCGUGCCAUUCUUGGGAGCCCUGAGCAAAAGCGGCGGAGAAGGCCGACACGAAGGCAUGCCCAUGUGCCAGCUCACGUUGUGCGUGACAAUGCCCUCGUAUGUUUCUCCCGACGCCUCCCUCACUCCGGCCGCCGACCCCCCCGGAGAAGCUGGGCCCCUCAUGCUCAGCUGGUCUAGCACAGACAGACCAUGAAGAAGUACACAUCAGCAUACGGGG